AGUAACCCAUGUGCCAGGUAGCAUUCUAUGCCAAUCUUGAAUGCCAACAGGAAGUCACUGGACAGCAGACUCUUCCAAGAUUAUAACUGGGCUGUUGGAGUAACUUGGAAAAGAAGAAAAAAGAAUCGAAACCAUGGUAAAAGUAAAUAGAGCUCGGUCUACCGCCCCUCCAGAUGGAGGCUGGGGCUGGAUGAUUGUGCUUGGCUGUUUCCUUGUUACCAUCUGCACCCGGGCAGUAACCAGAUGUAUUUCCAUUUUUUUUGUGGAGUUCCAGACAUACUUCAUUCAGGAUUAUGCACAAACAGCAUGGAUUCAUUCCAUUGUAGACUGUAUGACCAUGCUCUGUGCUCCACUUGGGAGUGUUGUCAGUAACCAUUUAUCCUGUCAAGUGGGAAUCAUGCUGGGUGGCUUGCUUGCAUCUACUGGUCUCAUCCUGGGCUCAUUUGCCACCAGUCUGAAGCAUCUCUACCUCACUCUGGGAGUUGUUACAGGUCUUGGAUUUGCACUUUGUUACUCUCCAGCUAUUGCCAUGGUUGGCAAGUAUUUCAGCAGACGGAAAGCCCUUGCUUAUGGGAUCGCCAUGUCAGGAAGUGGCAUUGGCACCUUCGUCCUGGCUCCUGUGGUUCAGCUCCUGAUUGAACAGUUUUCCUGGCGGGGAGCAUUACUCAUUCUUGGGGGCUUCGUUUUGAAUCUCUGUGUUUGUGGUGCCUUGAUGCGGCCGAUUACUCUUAAGGAGGACCAUACAACUCCAGAGCAGAACCAUGUCUGUAGAACUCAGACACGAGACUUUAAGAGGGUGUCUCCCUGUUCAACUUUGACCAACGAAUGGGUGCAGACCUGCCUUUGCUGCUCUUUGCAGCAGGAAUACAGUUUUUUACUGAUGUCGGACUUUGUUGUGUUAGCCGUCUCUGUUCUGUUUAUGGCUUAUGGCUGCAGCCCUCUCUUUGUGUACUUGGUGCCUUAUGCUUUGAGUGUCGGAGUGAGUCACCAGCAAGCUGCUUUUCUUAUGUCCAUACUUGGGGUGAUUGACAUUAUUGGCAAUAUCACAUUUGGAUGGCUUACCGACAGAAGGUGUCUGAAGAAUUACCGGUAUGUUUGCUACCUCUUUGCCGUGGGACUAGAUGGGCUCUGCUAUCUCUGCCUCCCAAUGCUUCAAAGUCUUCCCCUGCUCGUGCCUUUCUCUUGUACCUUUGGCUACUUUGAUGGUGCCUACGUGACUUUGAUCCCAGUAGUCACUGCAGAAGUAGUGGGGACCACCUCUUUGUCAUCAGCACUCGGUGUAGUGUACUUCCUUCAUGCAGUGCCAUACUUGGUGAGCCCACCCAUCGCAGGCUGGCUUGUAGAUGCUACUGGCAGCUACACUGCAGCAUUUCUUCUCUGUGGAUUUUCAAUGAUAUUUAGUUCUGUGUUGCUUGGCUUUGCUAGACUUGUAAAGAAGAUGAGAAAAACCCAGCUGCGGUUCCUUGCCAAAGAAUCUGAUCCCAAGCUACAGCUGUGGACCAAUGGAUCGGUGGCUUAUUCUGUAGCAAGAGAAUUAGAUCAGAAAGAUGGGGAGUCUGCGGCUAUAGCAGCACCUGGUUACAACCCCACAUGACCAGUGGCCUUGAGCCUGGGCACCUUCAGGUCUGAGAGAGGUGGGACCACUGGAUUAUACAAGUUUCUAAAGCAUUUUAUUUUGGCAGAAGCAUUGCCUUCCAAGGAAAUUAUUAUUAUUGUUUUGUUAACAUAUUUGUAGGGGAAAACAGCAAAUAACAAAGCAAGCUGGACUGGCUCAGAGUUUUCUCAUUUGACAUUUGUACUCCAAAUUGAACUCACAUCUUUCAAGCAAUGAGCAUCACUCCAUGGAGAACGUUAGGAUAUAGCUGAUAUAAUUAGCAGUAAUUAGGAGUAAUUUCAAGGCAUGACCAAACAGAUGACACUGGGCAGCAGCUUUGUCUCAAACUUUCUGCCCCUCCAUCUUCCCCCCUCAGUUAGAAGGUAAACGGAAACAUUUGACAUGUAGCUUUGCUUAUUUUAUGCUGUUUGGAGAAGGGGAGUCUGCAAGAAUCAUUGCCUCUUGAAGAAUUGAAAGUAUUCUUCAACAACCCUAUUUAAAGUCCUAAUGAGAAACUCCGUUAUGAAAAAGGUUUUGCAUCUUCGUCUUCCUCCACCACUGAAAGCUCUUUUCCUAAGUCUGAGGCUCACCUCUGAUCAUGGGCUCACCUUUAUUACAUACAAUACUUAACUCUAAAUUUAGCAGAACACACCGAGUCACAGGGUGAUUUCUAAAUCUUACCUGAAAUGUCAACACCAACACUUCCCUUCUUUUUCUUUAGAAAUAAAGCUUUUCUUUAAAUUGCAGACACAUUCCUGUUAGGAACAGAAAAAUGUUGGCAGUAUUCCAACUGGGCAGGAAUUGAAUUCUUGAAUCAGCAGGUCUAUGGUUAUUUUCUUUUCAGAUCAGAUACUUAGGUUCAUCAUUACCCAAAACAGGACUUGGAGUUUUGCCCGAAAAAUAUUAUUCUAGAGAUAUUCUAAAGGUGAAAUUCCUUUCUCCCUGUGUUAAUUCUUGUUCCAGUGUCCACUGCUCUUCAUCUCUUUAUGAAUAAUCAUUAGAAAUUUGGUGGAAUUUUUCAGCUGAAUGAGAAGGCUUCAGGGGUUAACCUCAGCAUCAUAGCACUCUCAUAAAUUAUAGCUUUGGUCAAAGGAGAGGGAGGAGAAGGUUAAGAAGUCUCGUGGUGUGAUGUUUUACAGUUGAUAGAACCCUUUCACGUACCUAACUCAUUGAAUUAGACUAGUAUACUUAUUCCCAAGUACUCCACUUUCCUAUGGUUUAGGAUAAUUUCUGAGUCUUCAGAUUGAAGAGAGAGGACAUGGGGAGAGAAGAGAAAAGCCAGAUCCCACAGCCUGUCUCCAACUAUUUUAAAUCCACAGAAUUGCAAUUCUGAAUCCCAAAUCAUGUUGCACCUGUAAAGAGGGGCAAGUUAUACAAUUGAAAGGGGGAUUUUAAUUAUUCAAAAACUUAAAAUCUGAACCUCAAGGAAAUAUUCCUCAAGGAAAUCCACUGUCCCCAGAGAGACUUCACAAAUGCCCUGCCAGGGGUCCUGAAAGAAAAAACACAGCAAUGAGGAAGAUCCUAGGUUGACUAAGCAUGGUCAGUACAAGUGUUUGCCUAUAACUGGAUUAUUUCAUAAAAUUACAUAUUAAUACAUUGUUUUCAGAAUGAAAUAUUGACUUAAUUUGCUGGGAGAACACUGUAAUAUUUACAGUUGUUUUCCAAAGUUGUUUGAAUGUUUCCUGUUAUCUUUUUACUUAGUUUGAGAAUUUAGUUUU